CAAACCCGCAAUAGCCCUGCCCAGCUUCUCUGCACAGCAUACUUAAGCAUCACAUCAUCCCAAAUGACACUCACACAUCUUUUAGGACUCAACAGAUACUAUUGAAAGAACUUUAGAGAACUGAAUGAUCCAGGUAUCAUAAGAAGAAAAGGACCCAAUUUAAGAUGAAUCUUCCAACAUUUUCACUUCUCGUUGUACUUCUUGCUACGGCAUCUACCAAAGCAAUUGAGGAGAAAUGGGAUCAAGAUGCUGACAUCACUGAAAGUAACCAGAAACAAGGAUCACUGGAUAGAGACAACUUGUGGCUUUCUGAGUCAGCUCAGUCACAUGACUCAUUGGAAACCAGAGACGUCUCUGAGAGUGAGUCGUCUGAGGAGUCCUUUGAGCUGUCGUCUGAGGAGCCACUGCUCGAAUCGUCCGAGGAGUCAUCUGAAGAAUCGUCUGAGGAGAGACCUGACAAAUCUUCUGAAGGGUCCACCGAGCGCUCCUCUGAUGAAUCGCGGGAGGAUUCCUCUGAGGAGUCUUCCGAAGAGUCAUCUGAGGAGGCUUCUGACGAGUCGUCCGAGGAAGUUACCGUCACAGAUCCCACCAUGACAACCGCAGACGGCAGAAACACCCCAACGCCCAAACAUGCCACUACAAGCCCAAAUGAGCCAGGGACGACCACACCCGCUGGAGAUGUCACCGUAAGCCGUGGCGUCUCCACAGAGGCUCCCACCACUGAAAGAAGAGGCGACAACUGAAGACAGAGCCCACCGACCCUAAUGAAUAACUAUCCUAAAAAUUUUAUGUUUGUGGAAUCGUUGUAACAGGAGCCAUUUUUUGUUUCUAAGCAAAACAUUCGUUGUGGCAGCCAGCCAAAUCUGAAUAAUCUAGUUAAUAUUGUAUUUAUUUGAACAUUUCAGGGUGGUUAAUAAAUAACUGUGCUAAUGUAUACAACAUUUUUCGCAUGUACCAUUAGAUACAUACACAUCUAAUAUCCCAUUCAUGAUAUUAUGUUCCACAAAAACAAUAUAUAAUAUAAAACAAUAGCACGCCCGCGACCCUUGUGAGGAUAAGAGGGUUCAGGAAAUGGAUGGAUGGAUGGAUGGAUGGAUGGAUGGAUAGGGCGGUGUAAGGAUGGGCAGAGUAACAGAAGGCAGUGUUGGAGAAAUUAUUAGAAGACUUACGCAUUUGUUAAGAGCUCAUUUUGAUGACUCCUCAGGAGAAAAGAUAGUGACCCAAUAGACACAACUAAAAUCCCCCAAGAAUGGUUUAGAGAAAAAUACUGGAUUUUGUUGAAGAGCCCUGAUAUGAAACCUAUUGAACAUCCAUGGAAGGAACUGAAACAAGGCGCCGUUUAAACAUAAAACAGCUUGAGCCGUUUGCUUUGACACAUACUUUUAGUAUUUACAGAGACUAACGUGCGUCAAUAAGCUGUAGCCCUACAGUACACUAUAGCUCACAAGUGUGUUUCAUGACAGUGGAGGGUGUGUUGUAUUUGUAUUUGUAUUCUUGACUUCCCUUCUGUUGUUUCUACAUGGUGAGUUCUGCAACAUUAACUUGAUGUUCUGCAACAUUGACUUGAUGUAACAUUAACUUGAUGUAAUAAAGUUAACUUGUACUGUU